AUGUUGUUAAUUAGAUCAAUAUUUAGAGCACAGCUAAGACUAGAUUCUCACGCUGUCUCCUCAUUACGUUGUUCACCAUUUUCAGCUGCAGCAAUUCAAGCUGAAAAAACUAUCAAAGAUGGUCCAAGAAAUGAUUGGACACGUCCAGAAAUCAAGGAUGUUUAUGAAUCUCCUCUUCUUGAUCUCCUCUUUCAUGGGGCUCAAGUUCAUAGAUAUGCUCAUAAUUUUAGAGAAGUUCAGCAAUGUACUUUGCUUUCGAUAAAGACUGGUGGGUGUAGUGAGGAUUGUUCUUAUUGCCCUCAAUCUUCAAGGUAUAGUACUGGAGUCAAGGCUCAGAGGCUCAUGACUAAGGAAACUGUUAUGGCGGCUGCUAAAAGGGCAAAAGAGGCAGGUAGCACACGUUUUUGCAUGGGUGCCGCUUGGAGAGACACGAUAGGAAGGAAGACCAACUUUAACCAGAUCUUAGAUUAUGUGAAAGAUAUCAGGGAUAUGGGCAUGGAGGUUUGCUGCACCUUGGGCAUGCUAGAGAAGCAGCAGGCUGUAGAAUUGAAGAAGGCCGGUCUGACAGCUUAUAACCAUAAUCUUGAUACCUCAAGAGAAUAUUACCCGAACAUCAUCACUACGAGAUCUUAUGACGAACGCUUGGAAACCCUUGAACAUGUUCGUGAAGCAGGAAUUAGCAUCUGCUCAGGAGGCAUAAUAGGGCUUGGAGAAGCAGAGGAAGACCGAGUUGGUUUAUUGCAUACAUUGGCAACCCUCCCUACUCACCCAGAGAGUGUUCCCAUUAAUGCGUUAAUUGCAGUGAAAGGCACUCCUCUACAAGACCAAAAGCCAGUUGAAAUAUGGGAGAUGAUUCGAAUGAUUGGCACUGCACGUAUAGUCAUGCCGAAAGCAAUGGUCAGAUUAUCGGCUGGGAGAGUGCGUUUCUCAAUGUCGGAGCAGGCUCUAUGCUUUCUUGCUGGUGCAAAUUCAAUCUUCACUGGCGAGAAGCUACUGACAACCCCUAACAACGAUUAUGAUGCUGAUCAACUUAUGUUCAAGGUUCUCGGUUUGAUUCCAAAAGCACCCAGUUUCUCUGACGACGAAGAUAAGGCUUGUGCUUGUGAAGCAGAACGUUUUUAG